AUGGCUUCUACAGCUGCUGAAACGGCUGGUCCGGUUCCCGUGUGCCAGACGAAGAAGACGAGACCCAAUCCAGCUCGGAGAAGGACUGCCAAGGCGAGACUGGAGACGCGAAAUGUAUCGUCCGAGGCUACCACGGGGUAUGCGCGUGCCAGUGCCGUGAGCAGUAAAUCGGUUGAGCAUCAUCAGGCCAAGAGGGCAGCACCGGCCCCAAGGCCCUCGCAGUGCCAAGUUCAAAACAAGCCUGAUGUUCGAAAUAAAGACGCCAAGGGUGAUGUGAAGCAAACGUCGACCUCGGUGAAGCCCAGAAUGGCUUCAAAGGCCUCCAGCGCUCAAGCCAAUGCUUCCAAAGAGAAGAUGGAAGGUAGCAGUGGUUGGACGGGCCCACUAGCUCUGGCAACACCUGCGUUCAUGACAGGAGGUCUAGUCGGAUGUGCAGCCGGUGCCGUCAUGCUUCUCAGCGCCGGCCUCUGGAAAGAUUUCGGUGGCGUGGAGUCCGCCAUCCUGGCCGCGAGGACGGCCAAACUGUGCAUGGACAAUCUCUGUGAGGAUGUCAUCACCAGCCUCAAAGCGGGAACAUACAGUGCUCCGGAAGCCCUCGACAUGCUGCGACGCACCACCCUGGCCUAUGCGAGUGCGAUACCGGGAGGCGCACCUUUUGUGGAGAGAAUGUUCCGCGAAGUAGAUGUGGUGCGGAAGCAGAGGGGUCGCGAAGUGGACCAGGUGGUGGCCGAGACGUACACCCAGCUGGAGAAGGCGGGCAAGCGCGGCGCUGGAGCUGCGGAGAUUCACAACAUCAUCGUCGAUUCUUUGAUGAAGCUCGCUCAGUUCACCGGAAGGGCGACGCAGGACAUCAUCGCGCGUAACCCGAAACUGAGGCCGUAUCGCGAGGGAGCCGCGAGAGCACUGCGACCACCGCCGGAGCCCAAAGUGCCGACGGUGAAGUUGAACAUGGUGAUGAAUCAUAAGCAAACGGUUGGUGCUUGA